AAACGAUAGCGUUUUCUCUUCAUUCCUCGGAAGGUUCGAGAAUCACAGUGAGAUAAAGAGACGUGACGAAAGCAACAAGUGACCGUCACUCACUCACUCGCUGUACAUGUUCCGGUAAUUGGGCUUGCGCUUUUCCUUUUCCCGCAUUUUCAGAUCAAAACCCUAUUCCUCCAUUUUCCCGUUUUCAGCCUCCAAAACCCUAUCUCUAACUUCGUAACGCUUUUCCCCGUUCAACAGGAGGAGCUGGGUAUAGAAGAAAUUCCAGCUCAAGAUCUCAAGUAAAUUUUGUGUCUAAUUUCUGGAUGUUGGGAUAGUCUAGCCAUCUUUUACUCAGAACUGAAGUUGUCUGAAUACUAGGUAGAUAACACAAUGUCGCUGAGGCGUUUCUUAGGCUAUUCUGAUGGUGAGGUCAUGAGGUCUGAUGCAAAACCUUGUUCCAGGCUAAUGAGGCACACAGCUGCAAUCUUUAGUGUUGGUGGAGCAUUAGGAUUUUGGGUCCUUUGCCGAAUGCACUAUGGUCCUCGAAUUACAAAUCCUAGGAGUCUUCGUUGGGCAGCAUGUGGAGCUGUAACUGCGAGCUCAGGCACGGCUUUGCUGGUUCGUUUGUUUAGUCCUGAAUGUGAGCCCCAGAAUAUAGCUGCUUAUGACAAUAAAAACUAACUGGUGUUGUCACCCACUUUCUUUUUCGCCUACUGAUAACAUUAUAAUAUACUUGAUGAGGUAGGUUGCAAUUAUCUCACAUGUGUAAGUUUUAUGGUAUGGAUGACAUUUUCUGGCA